UUAUUAAAAAAAAUGAUAUUUUACAUAUUAUUCUUAUUAAUAACCUUACAAAUAAUCACACGCUAACAUAAUAUACCAAACAAACUUUAAGGAAAUAUUUUAAAAUGUUUUGCUGAAAUAGGAAAAGCUUCUGUAAAUAUUGGUUAACUAGCAGCCAUAAUUGCAACAACUAAAGACACUGUUUAAAUAACAAAUUCAGUAGGAAAAAUCUUCGGUUCAUUGGAUCCAUUAAUGAGAGAAUGUUCAAACCCUAUUUGUCUAAAGGAAGCAUAUUAAAGAUGUGAAAAAGACAAUUAAAAAUGCGAAUAAUAUGGGGCUAUAGUAUAUCCUAAAUGUAAUGAAGGCUAUUAUAAUUGGGGAUGUUGUGUAUGCACAAAAAAAUGUCCUGAAGGAUUUACUGAUAAUGGUUUAUAUUGUUUGAAACCAAAAGCCUAUGGAAGAGGAUCAGGCUAUCCAUGGAAAUUCGGGGACUCUUUAACAUUAAAUAAUGCAAUGUAAAGAUGCCAAAGUGAAAACGAAUAAGGAUGUGAAUAAAACGGACUUGUUAUAUAUCCAAAAUGUAAGAAAGGAUAUCAUAAUGUUGGAUGCUGUAUUUGUACAAUAGAUUGUCCUGAAGGAUCUACAGAUAUUGGAAUAUCAUGUAAAAAACCAGAAACUUAUGGAAGAGGAUUUGGAUAUCCAAUUCAUUAUAAUGAUUGUUAAAACAAAAGUCUUUUAAGAAAUUUGAGUGAAAAGGAAUAAGAUAAAAACUUUUUAAGUAAUUUGAGUUGUGGUGAAAUUAAAAAUUAUUUGAAAACAAUUAGUGAAAAAUUUAUUUCGUAUUAAAGUGAUUAGAGUAAAAAAGAUUUGAUAAUUUAACUAUCUAUUUAAUUAUCAGAAUUAUUGUCAUAAUUUUAAGUAUUUAAGUGUUGAUAAUAUUUAUAUAUUUUAUUUAAUGAAAUAAUUUAAAUAAAAUAUUAAAAAAAAAAAAUAUAUAUAUAUUUUGAUUAUUUUAUUAAAUAUAUAAAUUUUAUUAAUUAAAUAAAUUUGUAAUAUU